AUGCACGCAAUUGCUCAAAAGUGCCGACCGAAGCACCAGGUGCUGAUUCUCAAGUGCUAUCCACGCACCACCAAAGGCACCAUCGACGUCAAGCCCAACUCAAGUGAGCUCAGCUACCUGCUCUACUACGCCACCUCCCGCCGGAGUAAGAUUCAAAAGGUAGGCAGUUUCCUUGAGCGAAAGACGGCUAGCGAUGUCUGGCGCCAGCGGAUAGGCAAUGUCCAAGUCACCCUCAAGAUCCUCGAGGCUCUCAUCGAGAAGAACCCCAAGGAUCUACCCUUGGUUGCUCCCAAUGUCCUCAAGAUUCUCGACGUCAUCCUCCGCUCAAACGACAUCACCAUGGUUGAGUCGUCUAUCCCGACCUUCAAGGUAUUCUGCGCCAACCAUGACUCCUCGACCCUGCUCGCAGACCAGCUGUACCUCGCCCAGUUCGAGGCCGUAGUGCGCCACUAUGCGUCCUUUGCUUCCACCCGCCUCUCGCCCGGUAAGACCCGGCCCAGCAGGCCAGUGGCCAUGCGAUGGCGUAGCGCAGGCCUCGAGGCCAUCCGCGCCGUUGCUGCCUCGGACGCCCUCUCGUCAAUUGCCGGCCGCCAGUACGAUAUGAUGGUCCCCAUGAUCCUCGAAAAUCUGUGGACCGACAACGAAGAGUUCCUGGAUGUGCUGGUCGACCGUGCCGAGGUGGAAGAGAAGAAGGACGACACAGACCGCCAGCUGAAACGGCGGAACAGCGUGGCCACUGUGCGCACCGCCGACACUGCCGGCGACACCAACCCAAUUGCCCUCUCCGGCACCGCCAUGGACGUCGACAAGCUGGCCGAGCAGGACAUUGGUGUGCUGGCCAUACUGUGCCUGAAGCAGAUCUUCAUCUCCUCGAGUCGCUCGCUCAUCCACUACGCCACUCUGGCCUUGCUUGACUUUGUCAAGGACCGUAUCGAGCAGGGCGAGGCGGUCGUGCGCACGGGUUCUGGUAGCCGGGAAGGCGGAUGGUCUGUCAAGAUCUGCGGCCUUCUUUUGCGCUGGGCACCCGUCCAGGAGCGCUACAUCAUUCUCAUUACCGUCAUGGAUGCCCUGGCCCGCGCCCCUCUCUCAGACGAGACUCUCGACCUCCACAUCACUCUGACCACCAUGGUUGGCUCUCUGCUUCGCUCUGAAGAAAGCCUGAUCGGUCUCAGCGUCAUGGAUGUGCUCCUGGGCUUCAUCCAGCAUAUCAAGAAGCUUGUCCAGAUGCCUGGCGAUCCUGCCGCAGCCGCCGCCGUCGCCGCGUCCGAAGGUCCACUCCCCGGUCGCCCCGACCCGCGGUCGCCUUCCACGUUGGCCGCCAUCGAAACUGUUACCACAGUUGCGUCAAAGCGUAAGGAGCUUCUGACGCGGUUGCAACAGUGCAUUGGUGACCUCGCCACACACGUGUACUACGCUGACCAGAUUUCCGACAUGGUCGCGACUAUUCUAUACCGGAUGAAACCGCCACGGUCGAGCACCGGUACGGGCAGCUCUACGCCGCCAGGCGAGAAGGCUUCUGAGGACGGAAAGGCUGACGGUGAUGGUGCGGCCACGGGGUCGGGCACGGGUGACUCGCCGCAAAAGAACAGCGCACCCCACACCGCACCCCACCAUGCUUCAGUCGACUCCCUCUUCUCUCUUAGUGUGGCCAAGACGGCCGUGCUGCGCUCGAUUAAAGCCAUCCUGUUGGUGGCCAACCCCAAGACUACCCUCGGCGGCAACCAGACACUGUCCCGAAACCGCGUACCGAUCCAAGUCUGGGAGGGUACGCACUGGCUGCUACGGGACACCGACGGCCAAGUGCGCAAGGCGUACGUCGAUGCUCUCAUCACCUGGCUCGACCGUGAGGUUUCGCAUGCCGACCAGCGUGCUCGCGACGAUAGCACGAUUGGGUCGUCUACCCCAGUGACGUCCGUACUCGGCCACCGCCCUAGCACGAAGAAUAACCCGGCGGCGGGUGCUGUUGGCGCGACUUCGAACCUGGCGAGACGCGCUGUGUCGAGUACCUCGAACCGCGGUGAGACGGGCGCGGUGAGCAGCCCCAUUGCGAAGCAAUCUUCUUCCAGCCGCAGGCGCCGCAGCUUCUUCCUGGCUCUCCUCCACGUCGUUAUUUACGACAACGCGCUGCAGUACGUCGACUACGAGACGGACAUUGUUCUGUUGCACGUACUCCUCUAUAAACUCGUCGACAAGUUGGGCGUCAACGCUACGCGCUACGGCCUGCCCAUGAUCUUCCAGCUACAAGAGGCCAUCCAGGAUGUUGAGACGCCGCAGGCCAAGGUCCGCGUCGGCACGCUAGUGCACGGCUACUUCUGGACGUUGACCGAAAAGUUUCGCUUCGAGACGACCAUGGUCGGCCACGCCAUCCGCAACGAGGUCACGCGACGCCGCUCCAAGCAUUUCUGGGUCGAGGGUGUCCACGUUCCGCCCAGCGCGCUCCUGGAACUCGUCGGCACGCCUGGCAUGCCCCGGCCACAGCCACGCAUGCCGCUGCACGAGAUCGAGACCGAGGCUCUGCUGCCUUUUGACGACCGCCUGUCUCUGGUCGAGAACAUUUGCUCCGGCUACCAAGAAACUGCCGGCUCGCCGCCCCAGAGCCCUGCUGUUAGCCCUGGCAGAAACCCUGGCUCGUUUAACUUUGGUAUCAAAGGUAGCAGUUCUGCUCCUAGAGUAGACCACGACAAUGUCAAUGGCAACACCGACUUUGACGAGGAGGUCCCCGCCUCGUACAGGAGUCAGAUGCUGUCGGACUGGUCACGCGACGCUGUCAUCCAGGCCGUGCAACAGCAUGCUGGCAGCAAGACGGUAUCGCUGAGUGGGUCGCGCUCCGGUACCAUGGCGACCAACUCCAAUGCUGCGGCUGGUCGCAACCACCUGACGGCCAACACGUCGAGCGGUCUGGCCAAGGAAUACCUUUACACCAAUGGAACCAUGCCCUCGCCCUCGGCUAGCCACCAGAAUUUGGGGGCCGGGCAUAACAACGACUACCUGGCACCGCUGGUGACGAAGCUUCGCAAAUCGAGCAUCCAUAGCGGGGUGUCGCCGUCGCCUGGUGGCAGCCUGUCAAGCCGGAACGGGGCGCACAACGGCACUGGAUUUGUCACGUCUGUGGACCAGCUCAAGAUGGCCCUCUCGGGUGCUGACGUGCAUGCCAACUUGGGCCACCGCCACGGCGAGAAUCGUGGCCAAAACGACGACGGUGACGACGGUGACGAAAACUCCGACAGCAUGGCCAGCUACGACAUUUCGGCCUCGGAGUUUUCGUUCAACCCGCCGCCGGUCAGCAACGCAACCACUGGGGGCGACUUGCAACAACAACAACAACAACAACAACAACAACAGUCACAGCCAGAUGCGGAAGUCCCUACAGUGUCACCAGUUCGGCAGGGGACGUCACCUAGCCGGAAGGGCUCGACAACAGGCGAGUUCCUGGAGGCGCCAAAUGGCCACGGCAGCAGCAGUGCCAAUUACAAGAGCGGCGGCAGUGACCAGCCGCAGCAAGGCAACGGUGAUGAGUCGGUCCCGCCGGUGCCACCACUGCCGUCUCCAAUCAUUCGCGAGCAGCACCAGUUCCAGGCGCAACAGCUGGCCAAUGCCGACAAGACGGCGACACCGCCACGGCCCAUGACAUCACCACCGGCCAAGUCUGCCGCAUCUGCGGCUCAACAAUCCACCCGGCGCAAUAUCAAGAGCCGGGGCGGCGAGAGCAUCCUAUCGAGUGUUCUGGGCGACGACAUGGACACACCACCACUGGAUCUAACGUCGCUCCUCAAGGGCAUUGAUAGCCGUGCCGGCGAGAACGGGCUGGGCAACCUGUCCCGUCCACCUUACUAG